CAGCAGUAGUAGCAGUGUUCGCAAUAUAGCAACCUAUGUAGGUGUUUACUAUGAAUUGACGUCACAACGAGGAGUCUUUCUGGGUAUUGUCUUGCCUGCUAUUGUCGCAGCUGCUACUGCUAUGAGCGAGUGUGUUGCACAGUCGCACAGCAUUGGCUGCUGUGGUGUUGACUUGCGAGCUACUUCGAAAACUUGCUGUAUCUGUUAGGCUCGGUGUGCGUGUGUGUAUGUAUGAGAUCUCGCUCCGUUUCGUUUCAAGUGCUGUGCAGUCAGCGAUCGAAUCUUAGCGCCACCUUAUGGAUGAUUUUUUUCUGCUGGUACAGAAAUCUUGCAGGUUCCUCACCAGUUGAUGCUGUUUUUACCAAGUGAAAAGUAACGGAAGGGCCGCGAAGUGUGCGUUCUUGGUGCGGAAGCUGCGCAUUGUCCGAAGGCGUUCGUUCCCGUGGGUCUCUCCAGACUGGCGGAGUACAGUCGAGCUGAGUGUGAAACAAGUCGGGUCGCUGGUGUUGUUUGGCAUUGACAUCGGCGACCCAACUUGAACUACCGAAGAAUUCGCUCUGUUUGGAGGCCAUAACAACAGCAAGAUAGGCAAAAUCAUGGGCAUUCCAAGAAGAGAGCGCUAGCGGUUCGGUUGAUCGACCACCAUUCGACGGGGCAGGUGAAAGAAAAACUGCUAGGCGGAGGCGACCAUUAAACAGGAAUGUUCUCAGCAGAGACUAUGGACCCCGAAUUGGCCGUGAGGCAGCUACCGCCCGUCGGGGAAGGCGAUAUUAGUGAGGAUGAGCUGUGCCAAAAUCUCUACGUGAAUUCAAGUUUGGAAGCUUCCUUUAAAUCGGACCUCAUUUGCACGCCAGACUCGAUCACACGAGACUUUAGCCGUGACACACUUGACAGUCUUGCGGCAGCCGAGUCCAUAACGCAUCACGGGCACGCUUUGCCUCCGGUUGGUAUUGAGACGAUGGAUACGUUUCCCCGAAAGGACAUCCACGUCUCGUAUGAAAUGAACGGUGGAAAUUAUAAGACGGGUUUAGUUGCCGGAAUAGGUAACGGUGUUGGAGUAGGGGGCUCACCUUCCAGCUGGCUAGGUGGCCUGCUCGGAUGUUUGCGACCGAUGUGGAACGUGAUCAACUCGCGUCAGGCCGAAAAGCAGGCCGCUACUGACCCGUGGGAGAUUCCUUUCGAAGCCAUCCACGAUCUCAAAUGGCUUGGCUCGGGCGCACAGGGCGCAGUGUUUCUUGGUACGUAUCGAGAAGAAUUUGUCGCGGUGAAAAAGGUGAAUAAAAUUGGUGACACUGAUAUUCGGCACCUAAAAAAACUUAGCCAUCCAAACCUCGUACGAUUUCGUGGCGUUUGCACGAAAUCGCCAGUGUACUGUCUCGUUAUGGAAUAUUGUCCCAACGGCCAGUUGUACGAGGUUUUACAUAAUGGUCGACCUAUCGCCCCUUAUACGGUAGUAGAUUGGUCGAAACAUAUUGCAGCCGGUAUGCAAUACCUACAUACAAACAAGAUAAUACACCGCGAUCUGAAGUCGCCCAACAUACUCAUUGGGUGCAAUGAUAUUCUCAAAAUCACCGAUUUUGGAAUCAGCAAGACGCUCGGUGAGCACGCCGCGCCAAUGAGUUUCGCAGGAACAGUAGCCUGGAUGGCGCCUGAAGUGAUUCGACAGGAGCCCUGCUCAGAAAAAGUGGACAUCUGGUCAUACGGUGUCGUCCUUUGGGAGCUACUCACAUGCGAAGUCCCAUACAAGGACAUGGAUUCAUCGGCGGUUAUUUACGGCGUUGGUAAUAACCGGUUAGCUCUACCUAUACCGAAGUCCUGUCCAGAGGGCUUCAAGCUCCUUCUUGCACAGUGCUGGAAUCUCAAGUCGCAAAACCGACCAUCAUUUAAACACAUUUUGAGCCAUCUGGAGAUAGCGGCUGUUGAAAUUUUGUCAACACCGAAAGAUACCUAUUUCACAACUCAGGCCAAUUGGCGCGAAGAGAUCCGCUUGUAUAUGAGAAACCUAAGGGGAACCAAUUUACGGCCGCUCGGGAUGUCUGUAGCUGGCCAAGAAGAGGAAGCCAGUCUUCUCCUGCGCAAACGAAAUACGGAGAUGCGUCAUGCACAGGAUAUCCGACUUCACUAUGAAAGGAAGCUAGAGAGAGCUAAUAAGUUAUACCUCGAAGCCACAACACUUCUGCAGAAGGUGGAACAGCGAGAACGUGAACUAAUGGCUCGCGAAGCGGCAUUCGCGUCUGCAUUAGCACGAGCUGCGUUGGAUCCCAACGGAAUCGUUGGGGCCGCAGGGAUGUCCGGGCUUGCGACCUCAAGUUUGCUCACUCCCUCGCCAUCGGAGGCCUCCUCGUCGGAACAAGUGACCAGCCCAAAGCGCUUCGCGAAGGGGUUAAACAGCAAGAAGCGGACGUACCGUCUCUCACAUUCAUUCAGCGAUGAAAACAAUGGUAAUCACAUAUUGAUGCCGGGCGCCGGAUCAACUGGAUCGUCAGCACAACUAGGUUCGUCAGUUGGGCUCGGGGCCUCACAAGGUUCCGCCGGGGGGGCGGGUGUCUUCAAAGCGUUUGAAGGUCUACGAACAUCCCGAAGUACGACGGCGCUUAACAAGAUCGUUCACGUCAGCUCGUCAACACAAACGCAGACACCGACCUUAUGAACGACUGGCAAAAAGGAGAAUGAAUCUCGAAGGGAAAUAUAGAAUUACAUCGGCAAUUAAUUAUGAUAGUGUGCUACAUAUGACGAUAACCAUAAGCAGAUAAAGCUACUGGAAAAAUGGCGGUGACUUUUUUGCAAGCUAGAUAAUUGAGAUUGCCGAAGUGAAAAAAAAACACAUUGUAGCACGAUAAAAGCAUCAUUAGAGCAUUGAUCAUUAAAAAGAAGAAGGAGAAAAGAAAAGGAUUCGCGAAAAAGCGGCUCACCGUGAAAAAUGCAAGGAUGCUAACAAAACGAGGAGACGAUAAAAACCGAAAAAUAUUUCUCUGUAGUAAUUAUUAUUAAUAGAUGCCAGUGAAUUAUUGGCGCAAGACAAUCCAGUGGUAGAAUACUGCGCGGGUGUAAUUGAAACAUCAAAUAGGUUGCAUAAACUAGACGAGGGUCAGGAUUCAGGGUCUGUUUCAAGAUCAGGCACUAAAAAGAGGUGGAUAGAGUGAGUGAAAGGAGCAAAGUGAUGAAGAAGUAACGGUGCGAAAGCGCAUAUGAAUCGAGUACAAAUGGCGGAAUGGCAUCAUCAAUACAGUAUUCAAAUACUUAAUAGCGUUGUGGCCUGAACAAACUAGGUAAUUAAUUUAAUGUUAAAUAUAGGAUUAGUGCAAAAAUCGAAUCUUAUAGCUACAACGACCGCAUGCUAUAAUCGAUGUUUCGGAGGAAAGCUAGCAAUGAUCUUAGCUAAUUCUACUAUACAUGCUAUGAUUACGAUCACUCUAAGAUUAGCUGAUACAAUAACUGGGGGCUACUAAAGCGAUGGACGUGAUACAAAAGGUAUAUACUAUCGUUAAGCUCUUAAGCGCUAGCGACCCAACUACAAAGAUAUCCGCGAACGUGACUAUGAGAUCAUAUCUACGCCACAAGUAUUUCGAAAAUUUAUCCAAAGAGAAAUACCGACCUAGCCCUUGAGUGCGUCCAUGUUCAUCUUUGUAUUAUUAAUCUAUCGUUUAGACAAAAAUAUCCAUCCGGCAUGUGUCUUUUACGAUGGCAGUGAAAAAAGAACUGAUGUUGACGGGCAAAUAACAGCAGUCAACUUAUUCUGCCACAAAAGACUAAAAUUAUAAUCAUCUUGGCAGCAUAAAAGAAAUUAAAUCCAUCUAGAAACGGGUCAUAGGAUCAGUAUCAUGGGGCAAAAGUAAUGCAAGAAAAAGAAACACCGUUAAUGCCGAAGUAAACUGUAAGGAAACCAGCGCCAAUUGAUUAUAGUUGGUCUUUGUCGAAUCACAAAGUUAUUUGAUUAAAAGGUGAAACUGCCAUGCUUUUACGAUGGCCAUUCGCGGUUUGGAACGAAACCAUAUCGAUCGGAAAAAUUCUUGAAGACAUUAAAUAACGGAAUGGCGGCAAAUGUAACGACGUGCACUAUAAUAACAGUAAGAAGCGCGUGCCGUAAAUCAAUUUUGCAGUUGUGAACUAACAAAUAUAAUCGUCUUCCACUCUGGCAAGACAAACAUUACACUUAAGAAGCGAAACUUUUAACUUAAGCUGAAGAUGCAUAGAAAUCGCGGCCGAUAAAAUGAUUCUACUACAGAAAAGAGCGAAAAUGUCGCCUGUGUAUAUUGAUGUAUAUUUAACAAGGAAUAGAGGCAGUCUCUGCAUUACGUGAUUACAGGACAUUUUUGGCAUCCGCUCUGACAAACUUGUUGAAUUUUUUCUUUAUUAUAUUUCUCAGUAUACGCACAUACAUCAGCGUUAUAAACUCUAAAAAGCUCGCUGCGCCGUAAGUUAAGACACAGUAAUGUUGCAAACGCUAGAAAACUAGAUUAUUUUUCUCUCGAAUUUUCUCCUCGAAUCGCCCCAAUGCUUACUCAUCACUCGAUGCUUUUCCUGAAGUGUAGAUAUAGACCCCAAAAUUCAAAUGCAGAACCUGCCCACAGAGCCUUGAUUAUAUAAUAUAUAUAUAUAUAUAUAUUUGGCACAAUGUACAAUACUGUAGAUAUGACACUGUUCUAUUAUAGCAGAGCAGACGCAGCACUAAAGAUAAGCGUAGCUGUGAAUUUUAUGAAAAAAGGUAAUAUUAUUUAGUGACAACGAAAAUGGAAAAAGCUAAUGCCUUAUGAAGCCAGAUAAAUAAAAGGCAACACAUAGAUACACACGUAGUGCCGUUCCAGUUUCUCUUUAGUAGUGUUUCUACACUGCUGGGUAGACGAGACAUGACCAACUCUGUGUAUAGUUUCUGAGCUACUUUACAUAAGAUCGUAUCCCUACUGCUGUGCUGAACUGCAAUUAUACUCAUUGUAAUAAGAUGAGAUGACAAAAUGUAGAAUUAUUACAAUACCAUUCCAAAGCAACGCAACCUUAGGUGUGUCGAAGGGUUAACCUCCAUGCCAUAUGGGGUCAAGCAUACAUUCCAAUCAUUAUUAUUAAGUAGUCAAAUGCUACAUUAAUCAGAGUUUUCCUACUGUUUCUGUAUAUGGGAUGGUUAAAAUAAGUUGGACAAAUGGACAAUGAGAUAUAGGUUACGAAAUUCUAGAAGCACGGACUAAAAUGCAUGAAUUCAUUUAUUAUUUAGCUUUUUCAUACAUAAAAAUUUGCUGAAAAAUCUAUAGUAGUACUUGAUACUUGAUUGCCAGAGAGUCUUUUACUUUGGUAAAUUCUGACUCGAUGGUUACUAUGUUUUAUAAAAUUUUUCGCAAAGACAGCCCGUUUGAACUAUUUCCGUUCUUUUUAAAAUUAAAAAAAAGUGUCAUCCAAAUUUAAAUUGGUUCCUGCUAUUUCGAAACAUUCUCUGGUCAUUGUUUAUAUAAUCAAAACAUAAUUUGAUACUCAGAGUCUUUGUUCAUUCAUAAACGUUGAGCUAAUACAAUAUUAUCAAUUACAAAGACAUUGGCGCUGUAACAAAAAAAAAAUAUUUAGCAAAUCAUAUAGUUAAAAAUUGAAAAGAAUUGACAGUGUAAGAAGAUGGCUAGAGUAUACUGUAAUCUGAGUUCGUGUACAGAACUGCUUUUACCUGACAACUGUUUUAGGAAUUAAUCAACAAAUGAGGCUGACAGCUUGUAUCCAUUUAAUUUGCAUUUUGACGUUAUUUUUUCGUUAAUAUUUUUGUAGUCUUCUUCUGUCAGUUGCUCAGUCAGCUAAAUUUAUUGGGUUGCAUUACACAACCUGCGUUAUUAAAAGUAUAUAAUUCGUUCACAAGCAAAAAUGUUUUUGUACAAAAUGCAAAAGAUUGUAUGAUGAACAACAAUAAAAAAAAUAAUGCAACGCGUUCGAAAGAAUACCUUUGCUACAAGAAUAAGCGUUGUCUACAUCAACGAUAGAAAGUCCAGCCACAUCAGCAAUUCUGCUGGCAAUCAUUAAGUUAUAUUUUUGUUUAUUUUGUUACUUUAUAUAAUGUUUUGGCCGAUUUUUCGGUACAGUUGACUAUGGGGACAAACGUUAAAAACUAGCUAGAAAAUGUAUUGCAAAUAAUAAAACAUUAGUAUUGAAAAUAAGGAAAACCAAUACGCCAGUUGGCUUGAUAGAACUAUGUGAUAAAAUAAACUGACAUCAUGAAACUGAAGUCAACUCUACCAGGUGACGCCCAACAAGUCCUUUAAACAAUGUAAAUAAUUACAACCUUCAUUAGGAUAUAAA